GAGGACUGGAUCGAGCGCUUUGAUUUCCGCAGUGCAGCGUGGGAUAGUGGAAGAAGUCAGCGAAACAGACGUAGAGAAAUGGAUGUCUUUUUGAUGAUCAGACGUCACAAGACAACCAUCUUUACAGAUGCUAAGGAGUCUACCACAGUCUAUGAGCUGAAGCGGAUUGUGGAGGGCAUUCUGAAGCGAGCACCGGAAGAUCAGAGGCUCUAUAAGGAUGACAUGCUGUUAGAAGAUAGUAAGACUCUUGGAGACUGUGGAUUCACAAACCAGACAGCCAGACCUCAGGCUCCAGCCACAGUAGGACUGGCUUUUCGCAUCAGCGAUGAUGCUUUUGAGCCUCUAAGAAUAGAGGCCUUCUCCAGCCCUCCUGAGCUUCCUGAUGUUAUGAAGCCUCAAGACUCGGGCAGCACCGCCAACGAACAAGCCGUGCAGUGAAGGACGAACCAACGAUAAAGGGUUGGGGGGGAGGGAGGGUGGGGGAUGGACGGCAGGGGUAAAGAGUGUCCAAAACAACGUGCGUGUUUUAAGAUGGCGGUGUGUAUCGAGUUACAGCAAGAGGGGGGAAUAAGCAUGAGUGAGAGUGGUCUCGUGUGAUAUUGAAACUUUGCUGAGAAUUUGAAUCGCUCUCCCUGUUACUCCUCAUGUCCCAUCAAGCACUAGCAGCUUAACUCUCACCGUAUUGUCGCAAAACCCUUCCUAUAUUUAGUGUCUGCUCAUCUACAGGUUCAUACACCAAUCACAACGCCCUCUCCCCUUCACGCGCAGGCACAUUUUGAUUUCUGGUAACAUUUCCCCUCAUUUCUGGAUGAAUUUUUGCUCAUUUGUCAGACCCAAGUAUUUAAACCUGUGCUUCUUAUUUAAUUCACGCAAAUGUUAUGUUUGGAGAGUUCGACCUUUUGUGCUUUUUGUGUGUUUCGAUCUGUUAGGGGCUGGGGUGGGUUUGUGUUAGUGGCUGUAAGGUUUUACAAAGGCCCACUUUACUGAUCGCAUUUACAGUACGCUGUUGUGUGUAAUGAGUAUUGAUAUUAUAAUUAUUCUUAUUUAGAUCCUUCAUAAUUUUAUUGGGGUGCAAAAAGGCCGUAGGCUGAAUCGUUUUAUGUUACCGACUUACUCUAUAGUGUAAAUGCACAUGGAACUGACUGAACUUCAGAAUGGGCAUGGAUGCCAUCAGGUUAUACCUGCAAAUUAUAAUACACAGCACAUGGUUAUGGUGAAUUCUGACAUACAGUGGUUUCAUUGUAAAUACAUUUUUCCACAUGCAUUGUCGCUUCUUGGAGUGUGUGUUGCAUUUCUUUAUCAUUUUGUGUUGGAGUUAGUGUCUUGUUUUUGAAUCUUUAGUUUGGAGGUUAAGUAUUCACAUUCAGUUCUCUGGUUUUAUGUUUCAAUCAAAGAGGAGUGUAAAUGCUUUUGUCUUUUUUUUUUUCUUUGUGUGUGUAUGCGUGUGUGUGGCAUUUUAAAAUGGUGGAAAGAAUCAUGUAUAAAAUAUUAAGAUCAAUAAGAAUGAAGCCUUUGGGCACAGUUGCUUAAAAAAGUGAAUGUUUAACACAAAAGCUGACAUUGUGUUCAUCCCAAGGGAAAAAAAAAGAAACAAACUCCUAAUGUUUUUGCAAACUCACUCUUGUCCUUCUCGGUGAUGGCAGUGUUCCUUCACAGUGCUCUUACAAAAAUAACAAGCAGAAAGUUACAAAUUGAAAAUAAAACCAUUCUGCAGUAUCUGUAACUGCAUUUAAAUAAAUUAAAAUCAGCCCUUUUCCACUCCCUUG